AUGCAGAUUCAGUUCUCGCCGAGCAUGAGAACAGUCACGAUAUCCAGUAGCAAUGGGUUUCUAGACUUGAUGAAGGUCAGGGUCGCGGCCCGCCUCGUUUCUUACCGGAACUUCUUCCACGCCAUCCUCAUCCUCGCCUUCCUCUUGCCGUUCGUAUUCAUCCUCACCGCAGUUGUGACCCUCGAAGGCGUCAAUAAGUGCUCAUCCUUUGGUAAUGAUCUGAUCUCUCUUCUGCGAAUUUUAUUUUAUUUUAUUUUUAACCACAUUGAUGCUUUAAUCUAUGGCAAUUCAGAUCUCAGACUGAAAUUCGAUCUUGGUACCGUCUUUGGAUAUGGAUUCAGUGAAGGAAUUUUUUUGCAUCGAUGAAUUUUUUUUCUGCUGGAUCUCGUGUCUUUGUUUGGUGGGGUUGACCUUGGUAUUGCUUGAUUGGUUGAUUCAUUUCUCAUGUGCCAAAAGAAUUCUCCAUGUCAUCAUCACAAAAUUUCGUCAAAACCGAUUUUUGAUCUGUUGAGAUCUUCCACAUUCCUCAUUGCGGUAAUUCCAUCUCUUAUUGUCGAUCUUGAAAAUUUCUUCUGUUGCUAUUUCUGACCUCGAAUUGGCCCCAAUCACAUGUCCAUAGUUCAUUCCCUUCGAUGUGUAUAAAAAGUUCUUCAGCACAGCUUCCGUUUUUGGUUAAAUUUUAUGAUUGAUUAAUAGGGUUGGUUCUUGUUUUUUUUCCCCCCUUUGAAGAUUGCUAUCCUUGUUUCUCUGAAUAGAUGUUCUUCAUCUAACUCUUUGAAUAAUUUGUGAGAAUGUGGUUUCUUAUUCUGCUCUUUUUAUUGCCUAGUAAUUCAUCCUUGAGGCUAUGGAAUUUUCGAAGUUUUUCUUUCCUGUUGGAGUUCUGUUUGUCCCUUGAUUGGUUCCGUUUACCAUUCUUGCUGAAGAUAUAAAAUGUAGAAAUUAGCUAUUUAUUCAUAGGAAUAUUUAAAUCUAUGGCUAUUGAAAUGUGCUCGACAUAGAAUUUAUAUAUCUUCUCCCUUACUAUGUGCUGCAUGAUUUAUAAGUCAUCCUGUAACCUUUUUAGUUUCUACCAGUCAGAUUUCUUCUUAGGGAUAUUGCAAGAGCUAUUUGCUUUCAUAUCCUUUCAUGCAGUCCUUCAAUUUUUUUGCCUCACUUUUUCUGACUGCAUCCCAAAGAGGUUGUCAAUCUGUCUUUGAGUUGACUCAAGUAAACGCCACAGCUGACCUAGGGGUUUAUUUGACUUUAGGUUGCUUGGGAAGGCGGCUCGGACCAAAGUUUCUUGGUCGACAAGAUGAUUCGAUGGUGGGUAGCCAUUUCAUUUUCACAGGAACAAGUGACCAAACUUAGGACUGUGUGAAUGUUGUUUUCAUUUUAGUUGAUUGAUAUGACAUUUUUGUGGUCUUGUAGAGGCUUGUCAAAGAACUGUAUGAGAUACUCGAGCAAGUGCACUCUGAGGAAAUUCCAGACAACCUAAAGCUGCCCAAAUCAUUCCCUGAGUUUGUUUUGGAACUUAAGAGCAUGCGAUAUGACGCCAAUACAUUUGCUAUAACAUUAAAGGCUACGGUAUGAAAUCAAUAUUGAAUCUCUUUUCUUGGAUUUGAUCUAGAUAAGUAUACCAUGUCCUCGCUUAGCCUUCACAAUUCUUUCUCUGGGAAUGAUCUUCAAACCCUAGAUGAGCAUGGGGACUAUAUAAGUUUUGGGUGGUCAACCUAGCUAGGACCAAUGCCCUUGGGUAACUCACAUCUGCCUUCUUUUUUCUCUAGCACAUACUGUUCCCACAGUUUGAACAUUAAGUAAACGACUACAAUAAUAUGGCUGUGAUUUUCUUGGUGAACAAAAGGCUGGCUAUCUCUAGCCAACUUAUAAUAUGGCUGCAAUGCUUGAUGUAGAUACUCGGACAUCUGAGAUUAUGUAACUCUGUUUGCAAGUUCUUCAAUUUUUUUAUCCAUGAAUUUUCUUGGAUGUGGUUGUGAUGAUUGUGAUUCCCAAAACAGGCAUCUUCUUGCACCAUACUUACUCUACCUUGAUGUGUCUAUAGUGGAACAUUAUUUCCCGUUUCAACUUAUAUUCUUUUUUUUUUUUAACACAUCACUUCAUUUUCUUGUAGAUAGAGAAUCUCGAAAGGGAGGUGAGAAAAUCAAAGCUAGCAGAGCAGCUAAACAAGCAUUUUGCAGCAAUAGCCAUUCCGAAAGGAAUUCACUGCCUGUCCUUACUUCUGACUGAUGAAUAUUCAUCCAAUGCCAAUGCUCGUAAACAGUUACCACCCCCGGAGAUGCUCCCAGUGUUAUCUGAUAACUCUUAUCAUCACUUCAUUCUAGCCAGUGAUAAUAUCCUUGCAGCUUCUGUGGUGGUGACCUCAGCAGUCAGGUCUUCUUUGAAACCUGAGAAGAUUGUCUUUCAUGUGAUCACUGAUAAGAAGACUUAUGCGGCUAUGCAUUCGUGGUUUGCCCUGAAUCCUCUAUCCCCAGCAAUUGUCGAGGUGAAAAGUGUUCAUCAAUUUGGUUGGUUGACAAGAGAAAAUGUUCCUAUUCUGGGAGCCAUUGAGGGCCACCAUGCCGUCAGAGAUCACUACCAUGGAAACCAUGUCUUGGAUGUUAAUACUAGCGACAACCCUCAUGUUUUUUCAGCAAAACUGCAGGCCAGGAGUCCAAAAUAUGUCUCUAUACUCAACCAUCUUCGAAUGUACCUUCCAGAGGUGAAUUUGCGCUGUUCAUUGCGUUUCUAUAAAUGGUUCUAAUGUUAUUCAGGAACUUCCAUGCUUUAUUGUAAAUGUGGAUAGGUUAAUUCAUUUCUCUCCAUUGUCUUUUGAAGGAGAUUCAGUGUUUCAUUAAAGGUUGGAAAUCUAGGCAUAAACUGCUGGAUCAUUAAUUCAGAAAAUAUAAGUUCAGCUUUAUAAAAUAGAUCUGACAGUGCUUGGCGCCCCCUCCCUUGACUAUAUUCGUAUGACCACAAAGUAGAAAUGUAUGUGAGUGAAUUUUACACUUAUUUGUCAUGAUUGUAUCGGCAAUCAAUCACAUCACUGUUUUCUUGCUGAUAUCUCUCAACUCAGAAUGCAGUACUAUGUAUGAUGCUCAUUAUCUAUCUUUGUUCAUGCGCAUACAGAAACAAAGCAUGCAUGGAGACUUGAAUAUGAUUGUGCAUGAUUUUGUGCAUUCCAAUACAUACGUUGAAAAGGCAUAAGUUUAGAUACAUACAUUGGUCGUUCAUUGAUCGAAUGAAUCCCCCGAUUAAAGCAUGUUCCUCUUGAAAUAGGUUGGAGACUGGACACUGACGUUCCUUGAGAAACUAUCCAAAGCAUAUAAUUUGAACAAUUAAUUUUUUUUUUAUUUUAUUUUUAAGAAUGUCAUAAUUGCUUGAGGAAUCAAUAUAUUCACGUAGGCAGAAAAUUGAAUCAUUCUUUUUUCUUUUCAAUAAAAUGCACACAGAAUGGGGAUAUGGAUAAUGACUCUACAUGUUUUCAAAUUUUCAACAGCUGUAUCCAAACCUCAGCAAGGUGGUAUUCCUUGAUGAUGAUGUGGUCGUCCAACAGGACCUGUCACCCUUGUGGGACGUUGACCUUGGUGGCAAGGUGAUUGGAGCCGUAGAGACCUGCAAAGGUGAUGAUGGUUGGGUGAUGUCUAAGCACUUCAACAACUAUUUCAACUUUUCUCACCCGCUUAUAGCCCAGCAUUUAAACCCUAAUGAUUGUGCCUGGGCAUAUGGUAUGAAUAUUUUUGAUUUGGAAGCAUGGAGGCGUACAAAUAUCAGUGGGACCUACCAUUUUUGGCUAAAUGAGGUAACUAGAUCACUUGCAAACAGGCAUUUCCCCAGUUUCAAGUUUCAUUAUUUGUUCUUUAGAUGUUCUAGUAAAGGCCAUGCUUUUUUUUUUCUUUUCAAGUUUCACUUGCAUGUUUUCUAUUGUUUUAGGAGCAGACAUUUAAACAACAUUGUAUUAAAUGUUCUUGUAAUGUUCUCAAUGGGAAUAUUCAGAAAUCUACCCAGAAAUUUAUAAUGUGUUGAUCUGAGCACGCGAAAACAAAGGCAUCAACUUUCUGAUCCGUCCUCCAAAGAAGAUGAAACAUGGACAGAAAUUACAAUCGGUUUGCAUAUUUCUUUAAUCUUGUCGUGUCAUACGUGCAUGGAAUCUGAACACAUUGGCCUGAGGAUUCUCCGUAAGUUGACCAAUUUUGGGCUUAUCUAUGUAAGCAGCUGAUCAUCCCAGGAACACACAUGCAAUGCUUACUAUCCUCAACUCUGAGAAAGGAUUUAUCCUUUUUCAGUGAACUGUAGUUUUCAAACCCUUAAUAAAUGGCGAAUGUAGACAUUUUCUAGGGUUUGUGAUCCAAUAAUUCAUGACAUGGGAGACGGCUGGACAAGAACUCGGACAUUCAGAGAAAAGCGAAUGAAGGUCAACAUGAGGAACAUAAAAGGGAAUUGGAAUCUUGCCUGAAGGUAGUGCCUUGAUUUUGACUUCAGAAUUUUACCAUGAUCUUUAAGGAUAAGACAUCUUUCUAGCUCCAGAAUCAACUCAAACCACACCCAAUUGGCCUCUCCGCAUGUUUCAUAAUGGUCUCAGAGCAGCGGUUGGCCAGGUGUCUGCAAUGAUUUGCAAAGAGCCCUGAGAGUUAUCGUCUUCUCCAUCAUCUUGGCAUACAUUAAUAGCAUAUAAUAGGAAGAUUGGAUGGCGUGAAGGAUUCCUUGGCUACUGAGUAGGCCUGUGUGAUGUAGGGCUCUUGAGCUUCUUUCAUGCUAGCUGUAUCGAUAAAUAUUUCAGCUUGAUCAAUACAUCUUGUCCCCCUGAUGUAGGGUCUCCUCUGUUUUCUACACCCUUUCUAAAUAGUGCCUUCAUCGUCAAUAAAUCUCUGUGUUUUCUUUCUUUAAUCCAGGAUCUAAAGUCAAACCUCCCAUUGUGUAUGUGUUCUUGCUGAACAGUGCAUAGUCAUCAAUAAAUCUCUUCUUCUUUUUUUUUUUCCCUUUCUUUAUUGCUGAAUCUGAAAUCAAACUUGCUAUUAUGUCCACAUUCUUGUCAGGCAACGCCUGCAUCAUUAACUAGUACAUCCUUUCUAAAUAUUGUCUUCAUCAUCAAUAAAUCUGUGUUUUCUUUCUUUAAUCCAGGAUUUGAAGUCAAACCUCCCAUUGUGUGUGUGUGUUCUUGCUGAAGAUUACCUAGUCAUCAAUAAAUCUCUUCUCUUUUUUUUUCCCUUUCUUUAUUGCUGAAUCUGAAAUCAAACCUGCUAUUUAUUAUCUCCACAUUCUUGUCAGAAAGCGCCUGCAUAAUUUAACUAAUCUCUGUUUUCUUUUCUCCGCUGCAGAAUCUGAAGUCAAACCUGUCGUUAUGGAAACUGGGGACAUUACCACCGGCGCUCAUAGCCUUCAGAGGCCAUGUCCAUUCCAUCGACCCAUCUUGGCACAUGCUAGGGUUAGGCUACCAAGAGAAGACUGAUCUAGACAGAGUAAGUAAGGCAGCCGUGAUCCACUACAAUGGGCAAUGUAAACCAUGGCUGGAGAUCGGCUUCAAGCAUCUGCAGCCCUUUUGGACGAAAUACGUCAACUACUCCAAUGACUUCAUUCGGAGCUGUCACAUCUUGAAGCCCCAAUGGAUCAAUAAGUGA